GAAAGAGAGGUCCGGGAAAUUCCCAGAUCGCAAAUGUAUGUGAAUGCGAGCGCUUUCUUAUUAAAGAAAGAAAACCCAACCUCCUCGCAAACCAUUACCAGAGAGGGAAGAAGAGAGAGGAGAAGAGAAGAGAAGAGAAAGUGGGAUAGUCGGAUCUAGAUCCUGAAAAGGUUAUGGCGGGUCGGAGAGGGCCAGUUUCUUUCCACAUUUGGAUAUCUGUUUGUGCUUUACUCUUCCUCAAUGCUUAUUGCUUCUAUCUCCCUGGUGUUGCACCUGAAGAUUUCCAAAAGGGUGAUCCGUUGAUGGUAAAAGUGAACAAAUUAACCUCAACAAAAACACAACUUCCCUACUCCUACUAUUCCCUGCCUUACUGUCGUCCAGGGAAAAUACUUGACAGUGCAGAGAAUCUCGGGGAAGUUCUUCGCGGUGAUCGCAUUGAAAACUCUCCGUAUGUGUUCAAAAUGAGAGAACCGCAAAUGUGCAGUGUUGUAUGUCAGAUAACACUUGAUAAGAAAACUGCUAGGGCAUUCAAGGAAAAAAUAGAUGACGAGUAUCGGGUCAACAUGAUUUUGGAUAAUCUUCCUCUUGUUGUUCCCAUACGAAGACCUGAUCAGGAAAAUUCUAUAAUGUAUCAACAUGGUUUCCAUGUUGGUCUCAGGGGACAAUAUGCUGGAACCAAAGGAGAGAAACAUUUUAUCCAUAACCACUUAACAUUUACUGUUAAGUUUCACAAAGACACACAGACUGAUUCAGCCAGGAUUGUAGGAUUUGAAGUCAAACCAUUCAGUUGUUUCAACUUGCAGGAAAGUGAUGUGAAGUGGGCAUCUCGUUGGGAUACUUAUCUUCUGAUGGCUGAUGAUCAGAUUCAUUGGUUCUCAAUUGUCAAUUCUUUGAUGAUUGUUCUUUUCCUCUCGGGAAUGGUGGCCAUGAUCAUGUUGCGAACACUCUACCGUGAUAUUUCUAAGUACAACCAAUUAGAGACUCAAGAAGAAGCACAGGAAGAGACAGGGUGGAAACUUGUCCAUGGGGAUGUUUUCAGGCCUCCAACAAACUCAGAUUUACUCUGUGUCUAUGCUGGGACUGGGGUUCAGUUUUUUGGAAUGAUUCUCGUCACCAUGAUCUUUGCCGUACUUGGGUUCCUCUCUCCUUCAAACAGAGGUGGUUUGAUGACGGCCAUGCUUUUACUAUGGGUCUUCAUGGGCCUGUUAGCGGGAUAUGCUUCCGCCCGUCUUUAUAAGAUGUUCAAGGGAACAGAAUGGAAGAAAAUCACCCUCAAAACAGCUUUCAUGUUCCCAGCUAGUGUCUUUGCGAUCUUCUUUGUCUUGAAUGCUUUAAUAUGGGGAGAAAAAUCCUCUGGGGCAGUGCCAUUUGGGACAAUGUUUGCCCUGGUAUUUUUAUGGUUUGGCAUCUCUGUUCCACUUGUUUUCAUUGGUGGUUAUGUUGGAUUCAAGAAGCCAGCCAUGGAGGAUCCUGUGAAAACUAACAAGAUACCAAGGCAGAUCCCGGAGCAGGCCUGGUACAUGAACCCGGCCUUUUCCAUCUUAAUUGGAGGCAUCCUUCCAUUUGGUGCUGUCUUUAUCGAGCUCUUUUUCAUCCUGACAUCAAUAUGGUUGCAUCAAUUCUACUACAUAUUUGGGUUCCUCUUCAUUGUCUUCCUUAUUCUUGUUGUCACUUGCGCUGAGAUCACAGUUGUACUCUGCUACUUCCAGCUUUGCAGCGAGGACUACUUGUGGUGGUGGAGGUCCUAUUUGACCUCAGGUUCUUCUGCGCUCUACUAUCUCUAUGCUGUCUACUCUCACAAAGCUGAGAUCACAAAGCCAGUAUCUGAUUUGUACUUCGGAUACAUGCUAAUUGUCUACGCAUUCUUUGUACUGACUGGUACAAUUGGCUUCUACGCUUGUUUCUGGUUUACACGGCUUAUCUACUCAUCGGUUAAGAUUGAUUAAUCAGUUGCAGUCUGAAGAAGAAUUGAUACCAUAAAUUCAACAUGGGGAUGGAACAAACUAUCCCAGAAAUGAGACUGGACCUGCAGCAUGUUUUUCCGGGAAAGCAUAUAUAAUUUUGGAUUCAGUUCUGGAGUCUUUGAUGAUAGAAAUUUUUAUUCUUAGUUACUUCGACACAGGUUGUUUGGCAGUUGUAGUUUCUUUUUCUUUCUUGUUGAUUGUAUUCUUCUCACUACAUUUGCUUACUGUUCUAUAUGUUGAGACGAUUUAGGGGAUCGAUAACUUCCCUAUCAUCAAUGCCUAUUCUAGAAAGUGAAAGAAAAUUCGUGUAUGUUUAA